AUGAUAGGGGUGGGGGGAAGUGAUUGGAAGCAUUAUGUAAGGCGGAAACCUCAUGUCGUUAAAAGGAGAAUAAGGAAAGGAAUCCCUGAUUGUCUAAGAGGUCUUGUCUGGCAAUUAGUCUCUGGUAGUCGGGACCUCUUGCUUAUGAAUCCAGGUGUCUAUGAGCAACUAGUUAUAUAUGAGACUUCUGCUUCUGAGCUAGAUAUUAUCCGGGAUAUUUCUCGUACAUUCCCUUCACAUGUUUUCUUCCAGCAGAGACAUGGUCCAGGCCAGAGAUCUCUUUAUAAUGUCCUGAAAGCUUACUCUGUAUAUGACAGAGAUGUUGGAUAUGUGCAGGGGAUGGGGUUUGUGGCAGGUCUCUUGCUUCUUUAUAUGAGUGAAGAAGAUGCAUUUUGGUUGUUGGUGGCGCUCUUGAAAGGAGCUGUUCAUGCUCCAAUGGAAGGACUAUAUUUGGUUGGAUUGCCUCUUGUGCAGCAGUAUCUCUACCAGUUUGAUCAUUUGGUGGCCUAUUACUUACCCAAGUUGGGAGAGCAUUUUGCUCAAGAAAUGAUUAAUCCUAGCAUGUACGCAAGCCAGUGGUUCAUAACAGUUUUUUCUUACUCAUUCCCAUUCCAUUUGGCUCUUAGGAUUUGGGACGUCUUUCUUUUUGAGGGUGUUAAGAUUGUCUUCAAAGUUGGUUUAGCCCUACUGAAAUACUGCCAUGAUGAUCUGGUGAAGUUACCUUUCGAGAAACUAAUACACGCGUUACGCAACUUUCCGGAGGAUGCUAUGAACCCUGAUAUGCUACUCCCAAUGGCUUACUCAAUCAAGGUUUCCAAGCGACUGGUGGAAUUGAAGGAUGAAUAUGAGAAACAACACGGCGGGAAGCUGACCGAGCGUGUUAAACAGAAGAUGCUGAUGUCUUCUUGA